CAUAACCUCCCUGCCUUGAUAAACUAAUGUCUUCGAUAGCUGCACUCUCGUUAUCGUCAAGAUCAUUAAUAGCAUCCUCAACCGAAAAUGACAGAGUCAGUACAAGCUCUAACAUACAUAUUCAAAAUUCGACAACGCAUGACUUGUGCUUUCUGUGUCGUCGCAUCGAUUUUCAAUAUGUUGGCUUUCAUGAUUCUCCAGAAUACUCAAGUGAUAACUUCUUUUUUCAGAGGGAGUUUCCUACGUUGCUGAGUAAUUCCAAGAACUGUGCUUUCUGCAGGAAGAUCGUCAAUCUCAUCACAGAUUGGUUUGCUGAAAACCAAGGAGAACGAACAGAAAGUUUCGAUAUCUCCAGGUCACAUGUAGAUGUAUCGCUUGAAACGGAUUGGCAUACAGUUGUGGGAGAGGAGAAGGAAGGUUGUGCCGAAGAUAAAGCACAUUCGGCUCGGAUUAGAAUUAGCUGUUCCAUUCCGCGGUUUCGAACUGAUAAUGAAAAUGGACAGUCGCAGUUUCUAACCUUUUAUUUUCAAGGAUAUGGAGGACCAUCGGAUGAUCCAUCUCAAGUCUCGGGCGUCGGUUGCGUCACGGCUGAUAAUCAGGCUCGCCCGUACACUGGACGCCAAAGGCCUCUGGUAGCGAAUAUGGCGCUCUUUGAGCGAUGGAAAAAAUUGUGUCAACAAGAGCAUGGAGGAAAAUGCUCGCAAAUCUUCAAGGGAACUCCGAAUAUCCAACCCCGAGUUAUUGAUGUUGAAAGGAGAUGCUUGACCUUUGCCGACGGUGAUGCUCAAUGGGUCUGUCUAAGCUACGUUUGGGGAAAGGCAAAAACCCUCAGGCUUCUAAAAGAGAAUAUCGAGGCCUUCUCCAUGCCAGGCUCUCUUGCACCGGAAGUCCUUCCGAACAUUAUUGAAGACGCUCUACAAGUUACCAAGGGCCUUGGGGAGCGAUAUCUUUGGGUUGACAGCCUUUGCAUAGUACAGGACGACGACCAAGAUAAGGCCAAGUUCAUCUCACGAAUGGACUCGAUAUACACCUUAGCAACAGUCGUCAUUAUCUCUUCGACCUGCACGGAUGCCAACACCCGCCUCCCGGGAGUUAAACCUGGUUCUCGAAGUCAGGAGCAAGAACCAUUUAGGAUUCGCGAUGUUACAUUGGUUCAGUCUCUUGACCCUGUUCUGGGUGUAAAGGUUGAUCUCCGUACAGGGCGCGCCGUUGGUUAUUUGGGGGAGACGGUAUGGGACACUCGAGCCUGGACUCUGCAGGAGAGAUUUCUCGCUUCUAGAUCACUUGUUUUCACCGCAGAACAGGUAUUCUGGGAAUGUGAAGAGGCAUUCUGGUGCGAGGACAGCUUUCGUGAAAUUCCCAGCAUCUCUCCGGAUCCCCACCGGACGAGUCUUUGUGGAGGGGAGCUGAACCUCUCGUGGAAUUCUGAUAUCGUCACACUCGACCACUUCUACCGUGUUCUUCUCGAGGACUACUCUGGUCGGUCAUUGUCGUUUGAUAGCGACGGAUUGAAUGCAUUUCUAGGCAUUAUAGGAGCCUUGGAAAGGUCAAUGGGAAUGACGUUCUUCUGGGGUAUGCCGACUGCGUUCCUGGAAUCUGCUCUUGCCUGGGGCCACCGAAGCCAUAAGUUGAGACGGAGACGUGGUGUUCAGACAUUGUCUCAAAACAAGGAUCAGUUUCCCAGCUGGUCAUGGGUUGGUUGGACUAGCGACGGACAGACAAAGCUCGCCAACCAAAACUUGACAAUGGAAGCUCUGGGUCUCAGGUUCUAUCGUGUCUCUGAAGACGGGACAACUAUGAUGGAAAUGAAGCAAUCUGCAAAGUUCAACCGUGAGGUCGAUCUGCUCGUUGAAGAUUCCGGCCUACCUGAUCGUUCAUCUAGACCUUCCAGUGUUUCCCUUGAAGACUUACCAAGAGAUCCGUCUAUUAGCUUAUCAUCGUUACUCUGUUUCUGGACAGCCUCCGCUCGUCUCACCGUAACAAGCCGCCAGACAGUCGACGAUUCUAUGUCUAGUGAUCCCGACACCUCGACCUGGGAAGUCACCCUGUCCCAGCGACCCGGUAGCACCCUCCAAGUCUCCUGGUCCCACAUUGCUCCAUCUUUAAAGGAGGGCGAUACCGUGGAACUGAUCGCAGUUGCCCAAAAUAGAGGUAGCUGGGAUUCUGGCCAUAUUGCCAAUGGAGCCAUAGGGGUCAUGUUCACCUCUCGAGACACACAUGGAGUCAUCGCGAUCCGUGAAGGAUUUGCGUGGAUUGCAAUUCGGGACUGGACGGCAUUACAAGAUCGCGAGUGGAAGUUGAUUGUACUAGGGUGAAGCGGUCAUAACACCUCCUUAUUACAUAUGAGACCCGUGGAUCUUGAACAGGCUUCUGCAAGUUAAUCAUCUUUAUAAAGUACCA